CAACUUCUCAGCAGCAUUCCAGCCCAGUGACUCAUAGUAGAUGUAAGCCUCCACUCUGCAGAAUUUAAUAGCAAAAACAAUCGCAGCUUGGGAAGGGCUCUGGAAUUAUUUGCAUCAGUUUAAGAAGAUUUAACUACUUUGAGUUCUGUCCAGAAGUUAAAGCUUCCAAAAUGAAGAUUUUGAUAAUGAUUGAUUUUGUCCUUGCAGCUAGCUUGAUGGAUGUCAUUGGCAGCUCUGAUUUACAGAAAUGUUUUCAAGAGCAGAUAAGACUUCAGGGCCAGGUGAGGCUUCUGGAACAUCGUGUGAAACAGCAGCAGUUAAAAAUUAUACAGCUCCUAGAGAAGAAAGAGAUUCAGUACAGUGACAGAGAAGAUGAAAACAGUGUCAUUGACUUGGGAGGAAAAAGACAGUAUUCAGAUUGUGCAGAAAUCUACAACGAAGGCCAUAAGCAAAAUGGAUUUUAUAAAAUAAAACCAGUCCAGAGUCCCAGAGAAUUCUUUGCGUUCUGUGACAUGUCUGAAGGAGGUGGCUGGACUGUGUUUCAGAGACGUUCUGAUGGAAGCCAGAAUUUUGAUAGACUCUGGGCUGACUAUGAAGAAGGCUUUGGAAAUUUUGUUUUGAAAAAUGGUGAAUUUUGGCUUGGAAACAAAAAUCUUCAUUAUUUGACUAAUCAAGGGAAUUAUUCUUUAAGAAUUGAUCUAACUGAUUUUGAAGGAGAACGGCGUUUUGCACAGUAUGCAAGAUUCAGAGUUGCAGGAGAAGAGCAUUCUUAUGAGAUGAGUUGUGGUGAAUACUCUGGUACAGCUGGUGAUUCCCUUACUGGUGGAUUUCAUCCUGAAGUAAAAUGGUGGGCUGAUCAUCGAGGAAUGAAAUUCAGUACUAGAGACAGGGAUAAUGACAACUAUGAAGGGAACUGUGCUGAAGAGGAAAAGGCUGGCUGGUGGUUUAACAGGUGUCACUCUGCCAACCUGAAUGGUUUGUACUACAAAGGUCCCUACACUGCCAAGACGGACAACGGGAUUGUUUGGUACACCUGGCAUGGGUGGUGGUAUUCCCUAAAAUCUGUUGUCAUGAAGGUCAGACCUGCAGACUUUGAAUGUAAUAUUGUUUAAAUAUGCUAUUAACAUGAUUCACCUGAUUACUAUUUUAGGAAGUUAAUUCCAAAUUAAAAUGGGCAGAUUUUUACUUCUCAAUCUAUGCAUAUAUAAAUUUGGAAUCAUUCCUCUUCAAGCAGUAGUUUUAUGAGAUGUAAGCGAAAAGACAAGCUAGCCUAUGAACUUUUAGAUACAAAUAUUAAUGCUAAUGGGUCCAGGUAUUUUUUUAAAAAGGCAAGUGUUCACCUAGGGAUAAAGACAUCUUUAUUAAGAUGGCAAAUUUUUGGCUUUCUAGUAACUGCUUUCACCCUUAAAAACAACAGUUUUUAACAACAGUUACUGUGCUGUCUCAAAAAUGAAAAGUAAUUGUACUCACACAAUUAAAAAAACCCUGCUCAAAUAGAAGCAUAAAAUUUACUCAGUGGAUGGAACAUGCCUGCUUUGGAAAGGUUCAAGACUUUAGAAAUGAGUUCCCUGUAAAUUCCUCUGAUGCAAAGUUUGCAUGUGUUGUGUACAUAAUAUACAUAAAAGGUUUAAAGAAUGAGGCAGGGAACUGAAGAAAGAGAAGGGAUGCUGGCAUACAGAAGUGGAUCAUCUGUUGUUUGCUGAGGCAUUUCCAGGGCUGGUCACAACAUUUCAAUAAUUUUCAAAUGUUUCAAAACAUUUUUAGAUAGUUGGUAAUUAUGCUUUUCUCCUUCUUGGUAACCAUAAUGCUUUUUCUUUUUCUUUUUCUUUUUCUUUUUCUUUUUCUUUUUCUUUUUCUUUUUCUUUUUCUUUUUCUUUUUCUUUUUCUUUUUCUUUUUCUUGUUAGACUUUACAACUCUAAUUUUGAAUGUCCUGUCCAGUCACUUCGUCUCCUUUCCCUCUAUACUUGUCUAAGUUCUCUGGGCUUUUCUCCACCUCAAGUUCCAUAUCCAUGUUUUUCUUUUACAAGAAUAAUGGUAAGAGAGACUUUGCCUGCCCCUGGCUUUUGUGCCUGGCACUACAAUAGACUCUAAUAGCCAGUAAUAACAAGAGUUGCUGAUUAGUGCUUGCUGCCAUGGAGAAGAUAGGAAUACUCUCUAGAAAGCUAUCCAGUGAAAUGUAGUCCAUUUCUGCUGAGUAGAUGCAAAUGAAGACUUCAAAGAAAAUAUGGACCUAAGCUUUCCUAAAAUAGUUUUGCUUUUGUGGUUGAUCUGCCACUUUCUCCCCCUGUCCAAAUACAGUUUUGAACAGGGCAGCCACUUUCAGUCAUGCGUAAAAUAAUUGAAACUAAGAUUUGGUUAAGUUCAGUUUAUAAUUACAUUGCUAUGAAUACAGGACAGCUGAAUUGUAACCCUCUGCAUGGCAAUUUCCCCUUCCAUUUUCUUCCUCCCGAAACAAAAGUUUGUAAAGAAUCCUUGAGACAAUUGCAUGGAGUAAGGGAGGGAGGAUGUUUGUAACAACUGGGGGGGAAGAAAGAGAGUUCUUUUGAAACAAUCUCACUCAGUAAGAGAAAUCAUGCUACACCUAAACAACAACAAAAAAAAGUGUGGAGAAAAAACAGGGUUCAGGUAGCUAAAAUCAUGUUAUAAUGUAAAAAUUGUGCCAAUGAAAAUCUGCAGUAAUGAUGUUUGAAGGUCUCUUCUUUUUGUGGUAAUAGCAGAUAUUCUAGAUAAUCCAGUCUUUUUCUCGAUGCAUCAACUGAUACUGUGCUAGAGAUUUCUAGCCUUUAGCACAUCCCUGUGAGGGGAGACAGGACCAAUGAACAGUUAUUCAACUGUUUAUUUUGAACUUUGUUUAAUUAGUUACACCAAAUUACAUUCGAUAUCUGGGAGGAAGGCCCAUCAUGUGUGUGUGUAAGGGGGAUAAGGGGAGGGAGGGAAGUAAAGAGAGAGACAAAAAGAGAAAGUAAAAGAAAUUCAACAUUAAACCAGAAAAUCUGAUAAAGUAUUUUUAUUCAAUUUUAUUACAUAUCUUAAAUUGGGUUCCUAUGUAACUAUGCAUAUAUCUGUAGGUAUGGGUUAUUAAUAAUGUGAUAGAAGUUUUGGAGUAGUUUAAAAAAUGUUGUAAGUAUAGUAUUCCCCAUAAUGAUUUUCAAAUUAUUUUUCCAAUCUAAAAGGAGAAAGAUUUAAUUAUUUGGGAAAAAAAACCCAGAAUGCCAUUACACAGAAGUUGUAAAAACAUCUUUAGUUUUUCACAAGAAAAUGGAAGAUUAACUCAUGAAUUCGGAGAGUAUCAAGGCAGAUCAUAUUCCACCAAAAUAAAAGGAGGAUUUAUGCAUAGGAAAGUUGGAUUUUUAGUACACAAGAAAAAGACUUUCAAAAUUUACAGACUGUGCUCAUAAUAUCUAUGAUAAUUUUUAAUAUACUGCAGCAUAAAUCUAUCCUAUUUAUUUAAAAUAACCCUAAUGAAAUCUUUUGACAUAUUCUGAUAUAAAAUUUGACUCCUGUUCUAUACUGUAAAUCACAAAAUGAAGAAGACUCAAAUCUGUCUUUGUACAUCUUCAAAUGCACUUAGAAGUUUAUUUGGACUGAAUGCUUUUCUGAACCAGGAAGCAUCUAGCAUACUGUCAGCAAUAUACAAAUAUUUAAUUUCCACCAUUUUUCCAUGGCCUUUCUUUGUGUAAUAAAUCUUUCUGACCACAUGAAAAGCUUGUGAAAGUGUUGUAAUUAAAAAUGGUCAUAUAAUUGUUCUUAAAUAAACAAACCAUUUAUUUCCAAAAGGGAAGUUUUAAUAGCUACCAGGCAAGACACAAGGUUGGAAGAGAAUUCUUUCCUCUGCCAGGCUUGCCUGUUCACAUGAAUUUAUUUUCUCAACAGGUACAAACAUGUUCUAAAUAGUCUUUAUUAUUACAAGAUAGCAGAACACAGACUGCUAUUACAAGAUAGCAGAACACAAGAUAGCAGAACAGUUUAUUUGUUCUGGUGUUAGGCAGAACAUUGUUCCCAAACAGCUGAAAAUUAAUACAGUCUAUUUCAUAGAAAUCAUAUAACCCAGAAGAAGAAAAAUAAGAAUUGAGAAAAUAACAAGGAAAAUGUUUUGUUAGUCAUGUUAAUAAGGGACAUAAUGAUAUCUACCAGUAAUGUGGAAUCAAAAAUAUAUAUUUUUGUAGUAUCUGUUCAAGGGAAACACUCUUGUAUUUUAUUUCUAUGUCUCUGUUCUUGCAUUUCCUCAACAUAUUGGGGAGUAAAAGAAUGGAAACCAUAAUCACAGAUGAAUUAAAUGAGCAGUAACAGAGCCUUUUAUGUUACAGCAUUUGUUUUCCCUAGAAUAUGUAGAAUGCAUGGAUAGAGUUGAGGUACCACGGUCUGGUCUUUGGCUUUCCAUUGGAGAUUCUUCUCUUCGCUCUACUGCCUUUCUACAGUCUACCUCUCCUCACCAUUCCCAAAACUGUUACUCCUCACACAAAUAUCUGAAUGCCUUUUGUAAGUAUAACAUUUUGUUCUGUUAGAGCUCCUUCUUCUUGCUGUUGAAAUGGUACACACAGAAAGGGGAUUUGAACCACAGGUUGCCCAGUCCGUGAACAUUCCUAUCAUGUUCCUUUAGUUCACUUCUCAUCUCAGAAGAACAAGCUAAUUUUUUUCUCAUUUUCCUUCAGCAGUAAGUUCUCUUUGGCAGUUGUAACAGAGAUAGAAAGAGCAGAAGUAUCCAGGGAAGUAGUCUGUCAGAACCCAGGACAUCUCUCUGGAUGUCUCAAAGCCCUGGCAGGGGCUCAAAGACCCUGUCAGGAAGCCAAAGACACCUGGAAAUUUGAUCUUAAUUCAUGGAGCAAAUUGCCAACCUGAUAUGAAGAAUUACAGGUCACAAAAGUUUAAGUAGCAUAGUAGUAGGAAUCACAGGGUGAAGCGAAAAAUUUUGGAGCACUGUACAGGGGGUUUUGAACCUUGUACAGGGGGGUUUGGAAUUCUGUACAUGAGGGUCAGGAGUACCAAGAUGGAGGGAUUUGGGCGUGCCCUGUCCUUCUUCUUUCUUCUCCUUGGCAUCCAUGUUCAGGAUGAUGUUGGCAUGUGUGGAUUGGUUCAUGGUGAAGGUACACUUGCCAACAAGGGUGAACAGUAUUGGAAAUAGAAGGUAAAUAUCUUAUAUGUAGUUUUACUAUAAAAGAGACAACCGCCCUGUGGGCGGGAGAGAGUGCCCUUGGCUGUCUUGCAGAUCAGACCUUGCCUGGACAGACAGAAAAACUUUGUAGAUAAGGAACAAUAAACUCAACUGAAGACCGAAAAGCAAGAGUCCAGACUCCUUCUUCAAAGUGUGGCCUGCCCAGAACCACCUUUUCCUGUGCUGGGGCAGAGACGAGUAACAGCCGACCCUGACAGUAGUCUGUAUCUAAAUUUUGAAAAAUUAGAAACAUUUGCACUUAUUUCUGGGUUGUGGGGAGGGGGUUUUGUUUGUUUUUGGUGAUUGGUGUUUGUUUUUUGGGCUUUUUUGGGGGGGUUAAGUUUGUGUUUGUGGUUUUUUAAAUUAUUUAUGACAUGGCCAACUUGGAAAGCAAAAAUGGAGCUUUCAAAACCAGGAAGUACUUCAAAAUGUGUGUGAGUAUGCUUGCUGUUUCUUCAGAGCAGGUCUAAGAAUUGCGAAUUUGGUAAUGCUUCAAACAUUUAGCUAAAAUCCACAUGCUCAGAGGAAGGUUCAAAUCUUUGUUGAAGUGCUUCUUCAAAGAGGGUAUAAAACUUUACAGUGAUAGUGGCUUUUUUGAUGCCUAAUUAAAUUUUUUUUGUUGAAUACAGUGUUCAUCAAUUUUUUUCUUUUCAAAGCACCUGAGGGUCCUCUUAAUUUUUGUUUAGUGCAGGAUGCAAUCCAGUUUCUCAUUGCUACAUCUUUAGUUAACUAGGACAGUUCCUCUUAA